CCAGACAAGACACUAGGGUGGGAUUCGCUUUUGAUUCCUUGGCAUAGGAUUUUGUGGUGCAGAGCCGAUACUCGGGAUUGGGAUUGAAGACAGGUCGAUGGGACCAAGGUGCCACCAGGUCUAGGGCAUGUGAUCCUCUCCUCGGUGUUUCACCAGUUAAAUCGCUCGUGAAUUGCUUUGACAUACUGGGCUGGUAUCGUGCUAUCCUCUCUGCGAGCUGCGCAAUUCUCAGGAAGACUGGAUUUUGUGACUUUUCUACGAAGCUCGGAGAUUGCGAUUCGGUUCCAGAAGUUUGUUCUUUGGAAGGUUGUCGUCGGGGUCGACAGGGAUGAUUUGAAGGGCGUGGCCUAGGGUUUGUGACGAUACAUUAAGAGGAUUCGGUUUUCGUUGGUGGCGAUUUGACGAAUGCUUGAUUUCGACACGCAGAGCCGUGUCCUUGGAUCGGGUUCCCGGUGGUAGAGUUCGGCUUUAGAUCAUGUGUAAUUGGUGAAUAGUUGGUGGCGGCAGUUGAGGAAGACAUCGGAAGCUCCAGUGUGGUCUGCCCGUUCUGAUUCCAUGAGCUUGUGUAAGUUAUAUUACGUGCAUUCUCUAGGAACAAGGCCCGUGAAUUGGAGAUGGUUUUCGAGGGAGAGGCUAAAUGUUAGUCGCAUCGUACGAGUAUCAGGGGGACCAAAGAGUACGACCAGACAGGAAAGAAGUCAGAGCUCCUGGCCUGACGAUGAUGGAGAAAGCGAUGGAGUAGGAGGAAUCAAUCCUUGGGAUUCAAAUGUGGAGAGUGUGCGCAGGAGAAACCGAAACCGUUUUGGUGGCCGAGAGGCAUCUUCACCAGCCACCACCACGCCUGACUGGCUGACGCCUAAGAAGGGAUGGACUUUCAACUCCGAUGAGAACAAAUCGGAAGAGACUCGGAAUAAACCAGACGAGGAGCUGCCGUGGUGGAAAUCCUCAAAAGGUGACGGCGGAUAUGAUGAUGAAGAGGCGGAUGAGGAGGAGGAGGAGGAUUAUGACGAUGAGGAGUAUGAUGGCUUUGGCGUAAGAUCUGACCAGCUGUACUCUUCUCUGCGCUGGGGAAUACCCGUGUCCUUUGUAGUCUUGCCAUGGUUACUCGGCAACCCUUUUAUCCUUUUGCUAGGUCUAGCUGCAGUUCCUGCUGUUCAGAGAGCCGUUGGCCCAGUUGUGAGUGAAGUUUGGGAAGCAAUCUUGGAUCUUUCAGAAUCUCCAUCAAAGCGAAGGCGCAGAACGGAAACUGAUGAACCCGGCUCCGAUGAAGUGGACGAUGCAUAUUCAAGCUGGAGUGGCGAACGUGAUAAUGCACGACCUUACAGAUACAAAAAGUCUGCUGUUGGCGAACCCAAUACCAAGGGUACCGCAGAAUCUUUCACAUAUUCAGAUUCAACUUCAAAUAUUAACAGAAUCAUAUCAAGACGGGGAGGUCAACCGAGUAGAAAACCCGGAGAGAGUGUGAGCAUGGGAGGGUGGGAUGAUUUGGAAGAUGAUAGGAGCAGGAGGAUGCCAGUGCGCAGACAGAAGAGGCAAUCAAAGUUAGGGUGGAAAAGCAGAAGCAGGAGGAAAGAGAAACCACUCUUCGUUCGUUUAUUAUUUGCUUUGUUUCCAUUUCUUCGAAAUUGGGGUGGAUGGCUUUCUCUCUUUCUUCUGUUUCCUUUCCUGGGUAAUAUUGAGAUUAGUCAAUUUAUAUAAAUUUUUUAAUUAAACCAACAUGGUGCAAAAUCUAUUGUAAAGAUGUAAUAGUAAAUAUGUAAUAAGGAAUUCAUCAGAUGGAUUGUGAGGUGCUUUCAUGA